AUGUCGCUCCUGCUCGGAGGGUGGGUGUACGCGGCGGCCGCGGGCGCUCUCCUCCUCCUCUCGGGCUCUAUUUACUGGUACUACGUGAGGCGGAAAGCCUCGAACCCUGUUGCCUUUCUCGCCUUUUCUGCGACUUUAACGGCUGCUCUUCUCCUCUGUCUCCUCGUUCCCCUCGACAUCCUCGUCGUCAGUCGUCUGCCCGAAGGCGCUCUGGCUGCAGGCGCCUUUCCAGACGCACUGGCGACUCCCGCGGCUUUCGCCUCUCCUUUCAACUCUCGAGGUCUCACGUUUAUGGACAUGCCCGCCGAGACGAAGGCAGCUGGAGCUGAGAAAGAUCUCGACACCAAAGGAGGAAGAAGACUCUCAGCUGUGGACAUUCGAGGCAACAGUGUCGCUUCCCCUGCGUCUGACCCCCUGAUACCCCAAAACACUCCUCCCGCUUCUCUUUCUUCUCCCUCUCUUUCUCGUUCUCCGUUUCCUGAAGGUCUUCGAGACCGUCUCUCCGACUUUUCUGAUCCUCCUCACGGCUCUGCUGCACGACGCCUCGCUGCUGAAGAGCCUCUUCCUUCUCCAUCUGCUCCUUCUCCGUCUUCUCCAUCUUCUCCUCAGUCUUCUCCAUCUUCUCCGUCUUCAUCUUCUUCGUUUUCGUUGUCGGCGAGACCGCACAAGGACGUGGAGGCUGGGGCUGCUCGGCUGCCGUCGUUCUCGUUUUCCGAUCAGGCUGGGCCGUUUGGUUUUGAGACUCCGCCCCAAAUCGACUUCUCGGGCGCUGCGCUUCUCCACAGACUCCAGUCCGGCGCAGUGACUGUCGAGUUGCCUCCACUCGCCCUCGACGCCCUGUCGCUCAAACAGCUCUACGUGUCUCUCUUCUCCCUCCUCCUCUUUCUCACUUACGCGGCCGUUCCCUUCGCCUUCUUCUACUCCAGACAGCUCCAGAGUCUCAAGGCGGAGUUCGGUCGCGGUCGAUCCUACGACGUCGACACCCCUGUGGUUCCUCCCUUCACUGUCGCGUGCGCAGCGGCUCAGCGAACUCUCAUCUUUGUCGUUCUUCUUCUUCUUUUCUUGUCUCUCUGCCUCACGCAACGUCCAUCGUUUCGUCAGCCUUCUUCGCCUCCCUCGACGCACGCGGGAGACAAAGCAGGCGUGGAAGCCGCUGCUGCGAGCGUCGAUUAUGUUCUUCGCUACACAGCCGCGCUCUUCGAUCUGGACCACAGCGGCGCAGAUUCUCUCCUCUUUGUCGUCUCGGCCCUUCUCGCUUUCGGCCAGCUGGGGUGGGUUUUGGCCGGCGCCUACGGCAUGGCAGCCUUGCCGGUGUUGUGGCUCCGCGGGCGAAUGACGCCGCAGCAGCAACAGCGAGAAGUUCAAAGAGAAGUCGCCGAAAUCCGCGAGCAACAACGCCAGCUCCAACUCGCUGCAUGCGGCGGGGACGCGCGGUGGGCGCAUGCGGUGCCGGUCGGGCCUCGCAAGUUCACCCUCGAGGAUCCUCGGAAGGGUGCGACGCGCUUUCUGUUCGUGCAGAGCAAGUACGUGAACGCAGGCGACGGCGCGUCUCUGACGGCGAUGAGCGAGAAGGACCGCGCGAAGCUUCUGGAGCUGCGUACCCAACAGCAACAGUUCACAGAGCGAACGUAUCGUCUCCAGGAAGAAGAACAGCAGCAGUCGGGAUGUCUCGCCUUUCUGUAUCGCGGCGUUUUGCUCCCCUUUCGGUGGACGUUCGGGGUUGUUUUCUUCGUCCUUUCUCUCGUUGCGGCGGGCGCUCUCUUCCUCGCACUUUUCCAACGCCUCGAGUUCUCCAGGUGUACGUACAGCUGUGGCUUCGUUCUCGACGACGACGCGACCGCGCAACGCGACAGCGUCUUUUUUAAUCCACUCGACGAGCUUCUUGUGCACCUCUCGCAGUUUUUCCCCGCCGACUUUCUCCUCGUCGGCGUGUACAUCGCUCUUCUGUUCCUCUGCCUCCUAUACGGCAUCUUCUCCUUGCGAUUGCGCAUCUGCACGAAAACCUGCGAGCCGGUCCGCCGAGGCCGCACACCCCCCGAGAGCCUCUUGAUUCUCUGCUUCCUUCUCGUUCACUUCCUCCUCGCCGCCUCGCUCGCGCUUCUCUCGAUGGCCCCUCGAUACGCCUCGUUCGGUGCUCAGACGUUCUCGCCGUCGAACGGAAGCGAUCCGAUUCCUUGUUCUCUCCAAGCAACUGCAACUGGCGAAGAAACAUCGUGUCGCAUGUCCUUCUUCGCUGCUGUCUUCUCCCGAGCUGCUAUCGCGUAUCCUUCCUUUGCGAACUUUUUCUUCUUCUCCAACUGGGUCUUCCUAGGCAUCUACGCGCUCUGCGUGCUCCACUGUCUCCUGACGCGCCGCAAGCAGCCGUAUCUUUCGGACCGGUGGCUGGAGGCAGACGAAAGCGCCGACGAGAGCCUCGGCGUCGAGGCGAGUCGCGCCUUUGCGCUCUCGGGAGCGCAAGACAGCUUGCGGGUUCUGGGAAGGCGCGGCGCGAAGGAGGAGGAAACUCUGAAGCUCCUGGCCACGUGCGACGAGGCGUGCGUGUGA